AUGUGCCAGAAUGGCGAGCAUCACCCACCGCAAACCCCGAACUGCCAGGUGGACAGGCAAAUCGCUUCUCUGCAGCCUCCAACUGUUCCGGUGCCAGGCCAGGGAAUGGCAAGGUCUGCUGUCGCUCCGACGAACAUCUCCAGCAUGUCCCUUCACGGCUUUCCCUACAUGCCUGGGCAUGGCGUCGCGUACCGUCCUGGGUUGAUGACAGGCCAGAGCGGUCUCGCACCAAUGGCGCAGCACGUUGUUCUUGUGCCACGCGUAGUUGCAGCACGCUCGAGCUAUGUUGUGGGGCCGAUGGCCACCAUCAGGCAGAUCCCUCUGCAGGCCGCGGUGAUCAUGAAUGCCGGCACCAUUGCACAGAGGGGCGCGUUUUCGGGGAUGCUCUAG